AUGGCCGAUCAAGGUUUGUGUUUGAGAGUGGAUCAACCAGCUGCUGGACUUUUGGUCUGUGGGAUAAAAAAGUUUAAAGGGUACCCUGAACUGUUUACUCACCGAGGCCGUCUAUGGAUAACAGCUUCCGACAAGGAAGCUACGUUACAAGAAAUCAGAGAGGCUGAGGCUUUCUACAUGAGAACUAGGGGAACUAUACUAUUUCCCAGCGGAUACCAGCGCAGUUAUCUGAUCGGCUGUGUGGACGUGGUCAACUGUAUCACCCACAGCGACUACACCAACCAACACCCGGAACACCCGGAGACUGACAGCGACUACGUAUUGGUCUGUCAGAAUCCCAGGUGUCUCCCGAGGUUACAGUUCCAUAAUCCCGGGACGGAAACCUUGUUUAAACUAGAUCCACUGGUGCAUGCAGCUGCAGUAAAAGUGUUAAAUAGUCAACAGCCGAACCAGCUGCUAGGCAAAGAGUUCUUUAUGGACGGGAAAAAGUAGACAAAUGUUUAAACUAAAUAUAAUUAUUGC